AUGGCUUUAUCAAGAGAAGUUAGUUCAAGAUCAUUUUCCCGAACAAAAAGUGGUUGGAUUGGAAUAGUAAGCAAGAUCCUCGAGAACGAAAUAUGUGUCGAUAUCGAUGUCCCCGUAUCCAUUUUUCGAGUUCCCAAAACCAUAUCCGUUUACAAACCUCAAGCCUAUAUUCCACAUGUUAUCGGCCUUGGUCCAUACCAUCACUUCGAUCAAGACCUCUACGAUAUGGAAAGAUACAAACUAGCCGCCGCCACUCGUCUACAAAAAAAGUUCCAUUUCGUGGAAUUCGCUGACCUAAUAAAGAAACUCGGUGAAUUUGAACAUAAAAUUCGUGCAUGUUACCAUAAACACUUGGAUAUGGAUGGUGAAACCCUAACUUGGCUCAUGGCGAUUGAUGGUAUGUUCUUACUCGAGUUCUUAUACUUUCAUGUUGAGAAGAAAGCGUUUAGUUUAACUCAAGUUGCCACCGCUCAUUUAGUCGAUCCGGCUGGGAGGAAACUCGUGCAACACUCGAUUCUUAGUGAUAUAAUGAUGUUGGAAAAUCAAUUUCCGAUAUUUUUUUUACGAGAGAUAUUGUUGAUUCAAUCCACGUCUUUGGAGAUGAGCGAUGAUUUACUUCCCUCGAUGCUUUUUGGUUUUUGCAAGAUGAUCACGCCGUUGAAACUCAAGGAGAUUGAAAAUAUCGAUUUGCAACGCGUUUUAUCGCAUCCCCAUUUGUUGGAUCUUUUGUAUAAUUUGAUUGUACCUAAAUUUGACGGAGUCGGCUACGAAUCGUGUCGCGGAAUGGAAAUCGAGCAACCAAACGACGAGAAACCUAGUCGUAUUCGUCAGCUUGUCAAUAAAUUUGUAAACGCGGUCUCAAACAUAAGAAUAAGCCGAAUCAUAGCUGCGCUCGAAUCUAUAGUACCGAUCCUCUCCACCUUAAAGUUGUCUAAGGGAAAAGAAUCGUCAGAUGGUCUAGACGAUGAAGAAAAAACACUCCCGGUUAUCGAAGAAAUCAUGAUUCCUUCGGUAACCGAGCUAGUUGGAGUGGGAAUUCAAUUCAUUCCGACUAAUGGUGGGAUCUCCACAGUUAGAUACGAUGAGAUUGAAAGGAAAUUUUAUCUACCGGUUAUCACGUUGAAUUGCAACGCGGAGGUGGUAUUGAGAAACUUAGUGGCUUACGAAGCUUCUAUCGAGGCUAGGUCUCUAGUUCUUGCUCGAUUUAUGGAGCUAAUGAACGGAAUCGUGGAUACUAGAGAAGACUCGAGAAUACUAAGGGAAGCAAAGAUCGUGGUGAAUAGUUUGAAAAGCGAUGAAGAGGUGACGGAAUUGUUUAAUGGAAUGAGUAAAUCGGUUAGGUUGACAAGGGUUUUGCAUAUCGAUAAGGCGAUUGCGGAUAUAAAUUGUUACUAUGAUAAAACCAAACAUGUUGGAAUUCAUAGAGCUAUCAAGAAGUAUGUGUAUGGAUUUUGGCGGAUUUUGGUGGUGAUUAUGAUUGUCUUACUUAUGUCAAUGAUGUUUUUACAAUCUUUUUGUGAGGUUUAUGAUUGUCCUCGUAUAUUUAAAACUAUCAAACUUGAUAAAUCAUGA